AUGGCCGACCAGGUUCAACCGCCCGAAGACUGGGCACGGAAACCCGGGGAACAGCUCACGAAUCCUCGUCCCUGCUUGACUACGCUUCCUGCAGAGCUUCACUUCCGGAUUGUCAGUCUUGCUCUUGCGGCAGGACAAGAGCGUGACGUUUCUGCUCUCGCAAGAACAAGCAAAUUGAUGCAUUGCAUGAUCAACUACGAGCUGCACAGACUUGUUGUCAAGCACAAGAUGUUUUUCCUUCUCCACUGGGCCGCACGAUGGAACCAGCUGGGAACUUUGAAGCUUGCACUUGAAUACGGCGCGAACCCAAAUCAAAUGCGGACGUCGGACUUUAGUCGUCUUUCCAAACGUUCAGGUUGGGGCUUCCGCCCGCUUGGUUGGAACCUCACCGCUUCCACUGAUCAUGAGCUCAACGCGGCUAUGCGGCGGAAGUAUGGCUUCAUGGCGAAUCAGGGGCAAGUCUGGUUUACUAGCACUACCAGCCUUUCGACAACAACCAGUGCCCAGUUUCGUCUUCUCAUGAACCACUACGUGCAGUACCGCACACCUAUACCGAGGCUACCUCUUGAUAAUAAAAGCGCGAAGCUGCUCGAACUGUCAGAACCGCUCGACGAAGACUUUGCGUUUCCUCAAAACAUGUCUCCGGUGGACAUGAACGGACGAGAUGUCAAGAUCAGGUUCGUGCGAUUGUUCCAGUAUUGGGACACGCCGCUUCACGUCGCAGCCGCGCUUGAUCGGGCCUCAGUUGCAGAGACUCUGCUUGCCAACGGAGGUGAUAUGGACUGCACAGCUACCGAGGUUUGCAGUUGUCUCAGGCGCGCUGCAACAUCCAGUGCGGGAUAUGCACUGGGAGGAAACUCUCAAGAUAUCUUUACCUACACGCCUUUGCACGUUGCGAUAUGCGUGGGAAGCUACGGAGUAGCCAAGGUGCUCGUAGCCUCUGGGGCGGAAAGGAUGGCAAGGAUAUUGCGGAGCAACGGCGCCAGAGAAUGGCUUGAGGAGAAUGCGCUUCACACAGCGCUCUCCUGGCGCCCUGGCGUCCUCUUCGAUUACGAUUUUGUCGAGUUCCUGCUCAAACAAGGAUACGCAGCCCGCAUCGAAGAACGAAAUUUCGAAGGCAUGACACCACUGCAAAUUGCUUGUCAGGGUGUCUAUGAACCAGAACGAGAACCAUCACGAAGGGAUGUUUUGGGGCUCCUUAUCCGCUAUGGUGCGGAUCCCAAUAGCCAAUGUUUAAUGCCACCGGCCGGUCGCGUCUUAAUGAUAUCCCGUCAUCCCAGCAUUAGACGCGAUGAUAUGGCCACUAUCGGUCUGUGGGCAACUCGGCUAGGUAACUUCAGGGGUGCUAAAUUACUUCUGGACCACGGUGCGGAUGCAAGCGCGAGAUCUUCAACCAUGCAUGAGACCAUGCUAUUUGCUCUGUGCAAAGCAUCGGACGUGUGGCCUUCACCAAAUGACACACAUGAUCGAUAUUGGCGAAGCAGGUUGUUGGAUGACCUGCUGGCCCGCGGUACAGCAAAAGACCUGAACACUUUCUACGGAAAGGACCAGAACCUCUUAAUGAGGGUUAUCGGAGUCAGAAUGUUCGAAACUAUUCCGCAGAGCCAUACCGGCGAGUGGGAAUCAAAAGUCUUUACUGCAGGGGCCGACAUCAUGGCAGGGGCCGACAUGGGGCAAACCACACCCUUCGAGCUCAUGAUCACCGCAGCGCUCAGCCAGCCCUUUAAUUGGAUUGUAGACUCAACGCCUGGUCGGACGUACAUCCCUAACUUGUGCAGCAAGAUCCUGGUCAUCUUGCGAGCAUCCGGAAUCAAAAACCAUCGCUUUAGGCCAGGAGCGAUGCUCAAUCGGUUCUGGGGACUCCUGAAAAGGCACUCUCAGCAUAUUGGCAUAGCCAUUUUUGUGCUGCCCGCUCUUCUCGGGGCCGGUUUCAGCCCAGCAGAAGUCGACAGUCACGGCGACACAGCCAUGACCUCGUUCCUGCAGCACCUUCUCGACAACCCUUUGUGGGCGACAACUGACAGCAAUACUUUCUUUUACCAAGGCUGGAUCCUCCCCACGAUCAUGGCCAUGUUACAGGAGCAUGACGCCGCACUUGACAACAGGAAUAACAAGGGAUUUACGGCUUCCGACUAUGUACGCCAGAUAAUUGACUACAAAGGCAGUGAGGAAGGCUUGAUCCUGCUGCGUAAUUUCAUGCGUCGCUCAGUGAGAAUUUCCCAGGACGGCCAUCGCGACAGCUUCAAAUUCCAUCCCACAGCAGUCGUCGGCCUGAUUGAUGGAUAUGACACCGUUGCGAGGCUUUUGAAUGACCAGUCAAGGUGGUUGACUUGUAAGCAUCUCUGUGAGAGAGGCUACUGUAGUAUUCCAGGCGGUAGGAAUUGGAGGAGCGGAUGUACAACACACCCCACUCCGCCAACUGCGAUGUGUGAAGGCGAUUGCUGCCCGCUCCGAGCUCGCGACAGCCUGAGCCGGCAGGAUUUCUUUUAA